UUUCUGAGUCUCUCUCUCUCUCAUUUACAGUUUCAAAAAAAAAAAAAAUAGAAUCAAUAUGUCACAGCGUCGUUCAUUUCUCUCACGAAGAAUCCUUAGUCGAUCCUUUACAUUUUCCAAAUCAUUCAAAGAAUUCAAACUUCCAGAAACUUCUACUCAAUCUGAUUUCGCUGUUUUUAGCGGCGGUACGAACAAAGUAGUAUUAGGAGGUGAAAAUGACGGCGCCGUGGAAUCCGAUUCCGGCGAUGCCACGUCAUCGUGGUCAAAUAUGUUGCCGGAGCUUCUAGUAGAGAUCAUACAGCGAGUGGAAGCUUCUGAGGACCGUUGGCCGCUCCGUCAAAACGUUGUCGCAUGUGGAUGUGUGUGUAAGAGAUGGCGGCAACUUACUGAGGAAGUUGUUGAGUCGUCUCUUCAGGCUGGAAAAAUUACCUUCCCUUCUUGCCUUAAACAGCCUGGGCCUCGAGACUCUCCUCUUCAAUGUUUCAUAAAACGUGACAAGAAAAACGCCACAUUUUACCUAUAUCUUGCUCUUUCACCCGCAUUAAUGGACCAGGGGAAGUUUCUCUUAGCAGCCCGGAGGUACAGAAAUGGUGCUUACAUUGAAUAUAUAGUAUCUCUUGAUGCAGAUGAUUUGUCUCAGAGAAGUAACGCGUAUGUUGGGAAGUUAAGGUCGGACUUUCUUGGGACCAAUUUUACCAUAUAUGAUAGUCAACCCCCACACAAUGGGGCAAAGCCAUCAAGCAGCCGGUCUUGUCGUCGUUUUGCGAGUAAGCAAAUUAGUCCCCAAUUACCAGCUGGUAAUUUUGAAGUUGGACAUGUUUCCUACAAGUUAAACCUGUUGAAGUCAAGAGGGCCAAGGAGGAUGGUAUGUUCACUCAAGUGUCCCUGUCCUGGAGAAGCUGUUGUGGACAAAUCUCAGGAUGCUCUGAAGAAGCAGCAGCUUGGUUCUGCAGAAACCAGCGGCACUGUUUUGAAAAAUAAACCUCCACGGUGGCAUGAGCACUUGCAAUGUUGGUGUUUAAAUUUCCACGGCAGAGUCACCGUUGCAUCUGUUAAGAAUUUUCAGCUAGUUGCAACACUGGACCAAAGCCAGCCUGGUGGAAAAGGCGAUGAGGACACAGUAAUCCUUCAGUUUGGGAAGGUAGGAGAUGAUGUUUUUACAAUGGACUACAGGAAGCCUCUGUCUGCCUUCCAAGCGUUUGCAAUUUGCCUGACCAGCUUUGGCACCAAGUUGGCCUGUGAAUAGAUUCUUACUCUUAAUCGUUGCAAGCAUGCUUGUGAUGCACAACGGAACGUUUUUCGUUUAAUUUAAUAUUCUCUACUCUUUGCUACCUGUGUAAUUUAGAUUAGUAAUGUAGUAUAUGUGUGACGAUGUUAGUGUAAUCUAACUUUUCAUGCGAAUCUCAUCAUCGUGUAACAAAAGCUCGAUCUUUCAUUACCGGUGUUUCUAUCUACUAAUGCCAAUUCCUCAGGA